GGGGCCCCCGCCGCCCCUGCAUCCCUCAGCCGCCCCGGGUUCGCGGCUUCUGUGACCGACCCGCUGCGCCCUGCGUGCCCGCUGUGCCCGCUGCUGCCGCUGCACGACACGGGAGACGCCGGCGUGGUGGUGACUGCGAAGCGCUGCGGAGAGCCCGCACCCCUGCGCCCCACCGUCGCUCCGGCCCGCGCCGCCUGCCCCCAGCCAUGAGCUGCACCCUGAGCGGCCUCGCCCCCCUGGGGCUGCUGCUCCUGGUCUGCGGCGCCCAAGGCUUCUUCCUGCCCAAUGUCACCCACUUGGAGCGGCUGCUCAGCAAGUACCAGCAGGACAAGCCGGCCUCGCGGGUCCGGAGGGCCAUCCCCAGGUCGGACAAGGAGGAGAUCCUCAUGCUCCACAACAAACUGCGGGGCCAGGUGUACCCCCCGGCCGCCAACAUGGAGUACAUGACCUGGGACGAGGAGCUGGAGCGGUCGGCGGCAGCGUGGGCUCACGAGUGCAUCUGGGAACACGGGCCCACCGGCCUGCUGGUGUCCAUCGGGCAGAACCUGGCCGUCCACUGGGGCAGGUACCGCUCGCCCGGCUUCCACGUGCAGUCCUGGUACGACGAGGUGAAGGACUACACGUACCCCUACCCCCACGAGUGCAACCCCUGGUGCCCGGAGAGGUGCUCCGGGGCCAUGUGCACCCACUACACGCAGAUCGUCUGGGCCACCACCACCAAGAUCGGCUGUGCGGUGAACACCUGCCAGCGGAUGAACGUCUGGGGAGAUGUCUGGGAGAAUGCGGUCUACCUCGUGUGCAACUACUCUCCAAAGGGGAACUGGAUUGGGGAGGCCCCGUACCAGACCGGCCGGCCCUGCUCCCAGUGCCCGCCCAGCUACGGAGGCGGCUGCAAGAACAACCUGUGUUACCGAGAAGAGACCGUCGUCCCCAAACCCGAGACGGACGAGAUGAAUGAGGUGGAGGUGGCCCCCGUCACGGAGGAGAAGCAGGUCUGGGUGCAGCCACGGGUGACCCGGCCCACGAAGCCCAAGAAGGAGGUUGCCGUGAACUACAUGACCCAAGUUGUCAGGUGUGACACCAAGAUGAAGGACAAGUGUAAAGGAUCCACGUGCAACAGGUACCAGUGCCCGGCGGGCUGCCUGAGCAGCAAGGCGCAGGUGUUCGGGACCCUCUUUUAUGAAAGCUCGUCCAGCAUCUGCCGGGCCGCCAUUCACUACGGGGUGCUGGACGGCCAAGGGGGUCUGGUGGACGUGACCAGGAACGGGAAGGUCCCCUUCUUCGUCAGGUCCGAGAGAAACGGCGUGGAGUCUCUGAGCAAGUACAAGCCCUCCGGCUCCUUCAUGGUGUCCAAAGUAAAAGUGCAGGACUUGGACUGUUACACCACCGUUGCUCAGCUCUGCCCGUUCGAGAAGCCGGGGACCCACUGCCCUAGAGUUCAUUGUCCGGCACACUGCAGAGACGAGCCGUCCUACUGGGCUCCCGUGUUUGGAACGAACAUCUACGCAGACACCUCAAGCAUCUGCAAGACGGCCGUGCACGCGGGCGUCCUCAGGAAUGAGAGCGGGGGCUACGUGGACGUGAUGCCCGUGGACAAGAAGAAGGCCUACGUGGGCUCGCUCAGGAACGGGGUUCAGUCUGAAAGCCUGAGGACCCCCCGAGAUGGAAAGGCCUUCCGGAUCUUUGCCGUCAGGCAGUGAAUCCCCAGUGCCGGGAGAAAGGGGGCUUCAAGGGGGCUUCAGGGUUUUGCUUUUUAUUUUUAUUUUGUCGUUUUGGGGGGUGGGCUGGGGGUAGAGAGAGGCGGGAAACUUCCUUCCAAUGGCGUUCAGUGUCACACCCUUUGUGCCUUUGUCUCAAACCGCACGGAGAAACAGCGCCCUUGGGGUCUCGGCCGGGCAGCCGGUGACUGGCCCUGCCGAGGCCAGGGUCUGGGUCUGAGCACCCCCCCUGCACAGACAGUCACCAAGGUGCUCCUUCCCAGGGCUCUUUGGCGGGCGGGGAAGCGGGGGGAAGGUUCCGGGCCUGGGGACGUGGCAGGAUUCGGGGGUCCCGCCGGGAGGCAGGCAGGGGCAGGAGGGGCCUCUCUACCAUCCAGAGGGUUUCAGGAGGGGAGUGGAAAGUGGUUAUUUAAAACCUUUGAAAACACAGUCCGUCCCCAGCAGUGGAGGCAAAUGGGUUUAGUGUUUGCUGGUCAGACACGCGGGCUGGAAAAAGGGGCCGAGGGGCCCGUCCUCGCCAGCCCCCUGUGUCGCGCAGGCUGGUUCUGUGCACAGAGGGCUGGCUGAGUUCCCGCGGUCCCCCCGACUUUUCUCGUCUUCGUCCUUCCCUUCGUCCGCGUGGCCCGUCUGUUUGCUGCCGUGACCUUCGGUCUCCUUGAAGACAAAUGAACCAGGACCCUUUGCCCCCGCCCAGGCUGGUCUGUGCAUGAUCUCUCCCACGGGGCUUUGCUUUGUGAGCCCUUCUGCGGGCAGCCCCUCUUCUUACUUUAAAAAAAAAAACAAACUCAAAUCGUCUGCCGGUUCCGCUGUUCCGUUGCUGCUUUGAAAAAGUGACAGUCAGAUGUGCAGCGUCCCCGGCCGUGGGUGACCUAGUUUCUCAGCAGCGGGAGGAAUGGGCCCUUCGGUACAUUCCUCGCCUCGGUGAGCAGCUCCGGGGGGAGGGGGCGGCGUGUGGUCAUGAAACCAGCCCGCGGCCCAACAGCCAGUAGAAGAACGCCGUAGAAGGUUCUCUCUUCCUGUUUUUGUGGGACGGCUCCUGCCAAACGCUCCUCCGGCUCUGAGGAGCACGGUGCUCUCUGGCUAUCACUUUACAAAAGUUCUUCACGAGCCCAGACCAGAAACCCACAGGGAGAGAAAACACCCUCUCGCAAAUAGUGUUUCUUUGCAGAAGGUAACCUCCCCCGCCGCCUCCAGGCUGGCAGCGGCCGCCUGGGGACACACCCCGUCCGCACAUCGGAAACGCAAAGGGACUCACAGGCAGGGUUUCUUGUUUCUUUUUUCCUUUUUUAAAGCAAAGCUCAGAUGGUCUGGACUCGGAAGUCUCCCUGGGGAAGGUAGUGGCCGGUGGCCCAGUGCUUCCCUACUAAAUUCACAGCCUGGGGGAAAUGGUGUCCGUCCGCCUUGAGGGAGCUGGGAAAAGCGGUGAGCUGUAAUUAGGCAGUCCCCCCUCUGUGCCUUGUGGGCUGGGAGAAAUUCGCAGGUUUUGACGACUCUGCCCCGAAUGUCAGAGCAGAAGAGUUUGGUCAGCCUGUCUGGUCACAGCCAAAGAUCUGAGUACUUGGAAACUUCUGGAUUCUAGAUGUGAGGCUGGACUCGGGCUCCAACAGACUUUGCUCCGUGACCAGCCUCGGUGGCGGAGGCUUUGCCGAGACUCCCGUCUUGGUUGAGGUCGAGACGGCCCCCGGUGUUCCUUGGAGGGCGGGUGUGUGUGGACGUCCUACCCGAGGGAGAAGCUGAACUUCCAGAGCUGGUCGACGCCAGCUUCCCGAAUGUCUGCUGGACCGGCCUAACAGGGUAGACGGUCCUCACCGAGGCCAGACCCCGUCCCUCCCGUCCUUACAAACGUUCCGAAACUGGAGCCAUUUUUCUCCUGAAAGUGGAAAUGGGUCCAAAGGCGAGGCCCCUAGAGCCCGAGACCACCUCUGAUUUGCAUGUUAACAGGACCCAUUGCCACAUGGGCCCCUGACCCACAAAGAGACGACAAAUCCGGCCAGCAGUGUUUUUAGGGGCUCCUGCCCCCCAAAACGAAAAGUCCUCAUUUCCUUCGGAUUCUUACCCCGUUGUGUUUCUGGGUCUUAUACCGUCUGUAGGCUCACUCAGCCCACAGCUUACGUAUGUGCUUUUUUCUAUGAAAAAUGAUGUAUUUUACUACUUCCUGUGUACAAAAGUUUAUUGUAAACUGUGUGCGUGUGUGCUUUUCGUGAACGGGACCACGUUGCUGUUGUUUCAGUAAAACUGGGUUGAUCUCUCACGUGUCUCUGUGACGUGUCUCUUGUUGGACAAACCUGAACCGUUUGUGAAAUAAAAAGGCUGAAAACCA